UCACACAGCCCUUUUGAUCGUAUUAAAAUGGUUUCGAACUUACCGAACGAAAGUUUACAACAUAUAUUUAGUUAUAUAAAAGAUACUAACACUUUAUAUUCAAUCAUACAAGUAAAUCAUACUUGGUGUGAAAAUGGAAUUAAAUUUUUAUGGAAGAACCCUUUUAAGAACUCUUAUGAAAAUCCUCAUAGAAAUAAUUUACACUUAAUAAAUCGUACAAAAAUCUUACCUAUUUUAAUACCUAACUUGAAGAGAGAUAAUAUUAUAACUUCUGACACUUUAUUUUAUUAUCAUUGUUUUAUUACACAUUUAGAUUUUGAUAAUUUGUUUAGAAUUGUCUUAACAUUUUUUGAAAGAAACAAACAAGAUAUAAAAUGCGCAACAGAAUUUAUGGAACAAUUCCGUCCUGGAGCCUCGUCUCUAUUCGUGUGUUCUCAGAAUGAAAAUUCGAAAUUAAAACAAAUUCUAACAGUAAUUUCAAUAAUUUUAACAAUUUUAGCAAAUGGAAGUGCUAACAUUAAAUGGCUUAAAAUAGAUUUAAAAAAUGAUGAUAUUAAAAAAUUAUUACAUAACAGAGAAAAUAAUGAGGAUGAUCCUGAUGGGAUAUCAUUAAGUUCCGACAUUAUUAGGGAUACUGUUACCAAAAUUGAAGAAUAUCUUAUCGCUAAUCUAAAAUUGGACAAGACAAAAAUUUUAUUCAUGAAUUUAGAAUAUUUAGAAUGCGGUCAAUUAUCUUUCAAGCUUCCUACCUUGGAAAUUUUAUCAAAUGUUUGCAAAAACUUGAAAGUUAUUAAAAUUGAUGAACGUUACUUUCAAAUAAUUCAAAGACCGUUGAUAUCUUUAAUAAAAAAUCAGUAUAAUCUUGAAGAAAUACGAAUUGCUGGAAUAUUCAAUAAUCCAUUGAAUCCAAAUUAUGAGGAAAUUAUGUAUGGGAUAAUCUCAUCUUUGAAAUCAGUUUCUCAUUCCAUUAAAAAAAUUGAAAUAUGUGGUUUAAUUAUAAUUAAUGAUGAAACAUUUUCGUUUUUAUGUAAAUGUAAAAAUCUAGAAAUUUUAAAAUUAGAAGAUUCUUAUAUUUCAUCUAAAAAUUUUGAAUGGAUUGCUUUAGCAGAAUUACCGAAAUUAUGUUCUUUGGAGAUUGUUAAUGUAAGCAGUAAUGAAGAAAUUGUUAAGAUAACAAAUCCUAUUCGAGUAAUUUCUCAAAAUAAAAUAAUUUUAAAAAAUUUAGUAGAACUUGUCAUAGAAAACAUUUUUAUAGAAAAUCAUAAUCUAUUAGAAGUAAUUGGUGAAAAUUGCAGAAACUUGGUGAACUUUUUUACAAUAAUCACUGCGGAUAAUGAUAUAUCAUCCUUAUUCACUAUCCUUAAAAAUAAUUUAAAGCUUAAAGAUCUUCGCUUAACACUUCCGACGUUAUAUUUUUCUAAUGUUAAUACUGGAUUUAUCAUAGAAUUGGCAAAGUCUUUACCUAGAACGGUUAAUUCUAUAUAUCUUUCAAACCUAAUAAAUAGUGUCAAUGAAUAUAAGGAAUUUUUAGAGAAUUGUAAAGUAGAUGAAUUGAUAUAUUUUAUGAUCAAUUUCUCACCAAUUAAUGAUAUUAGUAAUAUUGAUGAGUGUGAGGAGUUCGUUAAAAGAUGGACGGAAGAGAAAAGAAAGAUGAUGUUGGAUUUUUAUAAACAGGAAGAUGAUUGUUGUAAGGUUUAUGUCUUGUGGGGUUAUUAAACUUAAACUAUGUUUAUGGAGGGAUCUGAUAGUAUUGGUUUUAAUUAAUUAAGGGAUUAAAGAAUUUUAUUUGUUCCUAAUAUAAUAGGAUUUUAAUAAUAAAUAAAUAGAUUUUAAAUAAUAAAUAAGUAGACUGUAAAUACGCUUGUCUCAUUA